AUGACUACAGCUGCUAGACCUACAUUUGAUCCCGCUCGGGGUGGCCAGGGUCGUGGUGAAAAGGAUUUAAGUGCUAUUUCACGUCAAUAUUCAAGCAGAGAUUUACCUGGUCAUACAAAACUAAAGUAUAGAGAGCAAGGUCAAAGCACAACCGAUGAACUUCGCUCCCGAGAUUUCCGCAAGGAACUGGAUGACAGGGAGAAGGAAAUUAAAGUACCUGCAAGGCGUCAUGCUGAACCACCUGCAAAAAAAACCAAAGCCGACCAGGUUCCUGCUGCAAGUUUAGAUGCUGAUGAUCCCUUAGAAGGGGAUUCUUCAGAUUCCGAUGAUUCAGAUGAUGACACUGCUGCUCUUUUAGCCGAAUUGAAUAAGAUUAAAAAAGAGCGGGCUAUAGAACAAGCUAAAAAGGAAGCUGAGCGAAAACAAGAAGAAGAAAGAAUAAGGAUGGAAAAUAUUUUAUCUGGCAACCCUCUGUUGAAUUAUUCAGCAGCAGCACAGAAAAAUGAUUUAAAGGUAAAAAGGCGCUGGGAUGAUGAUGUUGUUUUUAAGAACUGUGCUCGUUCUGAACCUGACAAAAAAGUUAAUACUUUCAUAAAUGAUUCUUUAAGAUCAGAGUUUCACAAAAAAUUCAUGGAAAAAUAUGUAAAAUAG